UCUUAUUUCCUCUCUCUUCAAACAUACGUUAGUAGUAAAAGAUUCUGGAAAAUAAUCAACCAAACCAUUCUCCUUCACCAACCAGAGAGAGAGCUUCCUUCCAACACUCCGAAUCAAUAUACACACACAACCCAUUUUUAUUUACGCACAAUUUUACACCCACAUUCCGCCCCAACACCAAGAUGCUCAGUUUCAACACCAAAGCUUCUUCCUUUUUCGCUCUAGCAGCGUUAAUCCUCUUCCUCCUCACAUUCUUCUCGUCGCCUGCGGAUGCGGCAGUCGGCGGCGCCGUCGUUGCGCGGCGCUCUGUUUUGGAAAAUGAAACGGUUUUAGUGCUGGCGAAGGAGAGGACGCGUAGAAAGGAUCCGCUUGAUAACCGUAGAUACUAUACAGGAGGCUGGAAUAUCACCAAUAAACAUUACUUUGCUUCUGUGCUUUAUACUGGCACUCCUCUGUUUCUUGUUGCUGCAUUAUGGUUUGUGCUAUUCGGGAUCUUCUUGCUGCUGGCUUGUAUGUAUGUCUGCUGCUGCAGACGUCGCAGUUAUGGCUAUUCACGCGCUGCCUAUGCUCUCUCGCUCAUUCUUUUGACAUUGUUCACAAUUGCUGCAAUAAUUGGUGCUAUUGUUCUAUACACUGGCCAGGCGAAGUUUCACGAUAGUACAAAAGAUACAUUAGAAUAUGUGCUGGGACAAGCAGAUUCCACUGUCGGAAAUCUGAAAAGUUUUUCGAAUUAUCUCACUAAUGCUAAGACGGUUGGAGUAGGUCAAGUUUUUCUUCCUAAAGAUGUGCAGAGCAACAUUGACACUGUCAACACCUUGGUUACCGCUGCUGCUGACACUCUUGAAAGUGCAACAAAGAAUAAUAAGGAUGACAUAUUCAACUAUUUGGAUGCUGUGGGGUUGAUACUCAUUAUAGUAGCUGCCGUAAUGCUUACCCUUGCUUUUCUUGGUUUCUUGUUAUCUGUUUCAGGCCUACAGUUUCUCGUCUACAUAUUGGUCAUCAUCGGUUGGAUCCUCGUUGCACUCACUUUCAUCUUGUGUGGCGUAUUCCUUGUUCUUCACAAUGUGAUGGGUGAUACGUGUGUGGCCAUGAACGAAUGGGUCGUUAACCCAACGGCUCACACUGCAUUGGACAAAAUUAUCCCAUGUGUGGACACAGCUACCGCUGAACAAGCACGCUCCCAAAGCAAAGAAGUGACCUUCCAAGUGGUUCAAGUUGUGAAUGGGUUCAUCGCUAAUGUAUCCAAUGUCAACCUACCUCCUAUCGCUGGACCUUUGUCGUACAACCAAUCUGGUCCCUUGGUGCCUCUUCUGUGCAAUCCGUAUAAUCCUGACAAGACAGACCGCAAAGCAUGCAUUCCGGGUGAAGUUGGCUUCACAAAUGCAACACAGGUUUGGAAGAAUUACGAAUGUCAAGUUGCAAACAACAAAUGCACGACAGUGGGGCGGCUAAUGCCAAGUAUGUAUGAUCAGAUGAGUGGAGCUGUGAAUGUGAGCUAUGGGCUGUACCAUUACGGGCCGUUCCUGACCGACCUAGUGGACUGCACGUUUGUACGAGACACCUUUGCCACGAUACACAAGGAUCACUGCCCAGACCUGAGACUCUACAGCAAGUUGGUGUACAUUGGUUUGGUGAAGGUCUCUGCUGCAGUCAUGUUCUCUCUCGUAUUUUGGAUGGUCUAUGCACGAGAGAGGCGUCAUCGCAAGUAUACGAAGCUUGCAGACGCUGCUGCAUCAGCUCAAGCCUCUUAUGUAACCAAAUAGCCCUGAGUUGACCAGGAUUGGCAUGAUAGCAGAUUUACAUUUUUCAAUGUACAUUGUUUUUGGGCUGUAUUUAAGUAUAUACUAUUUUUUAGUU